AUGUCUUUCGGAAAGCUCUACAGCUACGCGGGCAACCCGCGCACCACGUCUCUCCUGGCUGUCGCGAAGGAGAACGGCCUCGACAUCGAGUUUGUCAACACGGAGCCAGCAAAGGGUGUCUCUGCCGAGUACCUGAAGCUCAACAAGCUCGGCAAGGUUCCCACCUUUGAGGGCGCCGACGGCUUUGUCCUCACCGAGUGCAUAGCCAUCGCUGUCUACCUUGCUUCGCAGAACGAGAAGACCAGCCUUCUCGGCAAGACCAAGCAGGACUACGCCACCAUCCUGCGAUGGAUGUCGUUUGCCAACACCGAGGUCCUCUCUCCCCUCGGCGGCUGGUUCCGCCCCAUCCUCGGCCGCGACCCUUACAACAAGAAGAACGUCGAGGACGCCCAGAAGGCCGCUCUUAAGGCUGUCCACGUCAUUGAAGAGCACCUGCUCACACACACCUACCUUGUUGGUGAGCGUCUGACUCUUGCCGACAUCUUCGCCACCAGCAUCCUGGCCCGUGGCUUCCAGUUCUUCUUCGACAAGCAGUGGCGUGACUCCAACCCCAACGUCACCCGUUGGUACGAGACGGUCUACAACCAGGCCAGCUACUCCGCUGUUGCCCCCAAGCUUGAGUUUAUUACGGAGGCUAUGAAGUACGUCCCACCCAAGAAGGAGGGUGGCGACAAGAAGAAGGAGCAGCCCAAGGCCGCCCCCAAGCCCAAGGCUGAGGAGCCUGAGGAGGAAGAGGAGGCGCCCAAGCCCAAGGCCAAGCACCCUCUCGAGGCCCUGCCCAGGGCUACAUUCGUCCUUGACGACUGGAAGCGCAAGUACUCCAACGAGGAGACGCGCGAGGUUGCCCUCCCCUGGUUCUGGGAGAACGCCAACUUCGAGGAGUACUCCCUGUACAAGGUCGACUACAAGUACAACGAUGAGCUGACCCUCACCUUCAUGACUGCCAACCUGAUCGGUGGCUUCUUCGCCCGUCUUGAGGCCAGCCGCAAGUACAUCUUUGGCGCUUGCUCCGUUUACGGUCAGUCCAACGACUCGGUUGUCACAGGAGCUUUCGUCAUCCGCGGCCAGGAGGCUCUCCCCGCCUUCGAUGUCGCUCCCGACCACGAGAGCUACUCCUUCACCAAGCUCGACCCCACCAAGGAGGAGGACCGUGAGUUCGUCAACGACCAGUGGGCGUGGGACAAGCCCCUUGUCGUCGACGGCAAGACGAUGGAGUGGGCCGACGGUAAGGGCUCGGGUGGCGGGCCAAGCGAAGACAAUGUCACAGGCUUCCUCGUACGUUCAACAGCCACAAAAUGGGCCAAGAACUCAGUCAUUGCCGUAGACGCAGGAUCGCAUCUUGCUUCCAUUACCAACAUAUUAGCGAAAGACUUUCCGCUUGCCGCCGAUCCUGACCCACCCCUACCAACCACUCGGAAUAGGAAUGGCGAUAGGGCUGUUGGUCAUAGCGAGUCCCCAUCUCCUCGUGCUGCGCGAGUCACGCCUUCCGAUGAUGAAUCUGAUGUUGAGACACCAACGUCUGACAGGGAGAUACCGGUAACCAUUACUACGCUAGAGAAAGGCGCAUUUGCCGGACUACCGUUUCCACAUCAGAGUGCCAGGGCGAAUGCGCUGCACAUCAUGAGAGAACAUGUCUCGACAUACCUCAUUACACAUCCCCACCUGGAUCAUCUCUCGGGAUUUGUCAUCAACACAGCAGCUUUCCACAACACAUCACGGCCGAAACGGUUGGCGGCAUUGCCUUUUACAGUCAAUGCCAUCAAGAACCAUAUCUUCAACAACAUCAUCUGGCCUAACCUCACGGACGAGGACGGAGGUGUUGGCCUGGUGACCUUCCAGCGACUUGCAGAAGGUGGAAACAUUGCACUAGGUGAAGGGAGUUCGAGAGGCUACAUUGAAGUUUGCGACGGUCUCGGUGUCAAAGGGUUCAAAGUGAGCCAUGGGCACUGUAUGCAAGGAACAGGCCACGUGCAUCGCGGCUCGAAUGCCCACCUCCUAGAGCCGUCAAACAGCCAGCAAUCAGGCCAACAACUAGAUUUGCAUGACAGCCGGUCUUUGAGCUUUUCGGGCCCUUUCCAAACUGGACCUGGCACACCAGGCUUCAACACAAGUAUGGAGAUUGGCCGACGGCCCAGCAGCGUUACUGUCCCGCAACCACAAGUAUCUCAAGACCAAUGUGUCAUUGAUUCGACAGCAUACUUUAUCCGCGCAGAAUCUACUCUGACAACGCCCAAGCGUGAGAUUCUCAUCUUCGGAGACGUAGAACCAGACUCUUUAUCUCUCACGCCACGCACCGCUCAAAUCUGGGCCGAGGCCGCGCCAAAAAUCGCUACAGGCAUCUUGAAGGGAAUCUUCAUAGAAGUCUCAUAUACCAACGCGCGAAGCGACGCCGUCCUCUUCGGACACUUGGCGCCGCGCCAUCUACUAGCAGAGCUCAGCGUGCUCGCCGACCUAGUACGGGAGAAGAAAAAGGCACUGGAAAGAGAAAAAGAGCAGCAGCGCAUGAAGAAGAAGAGAAAGCGAGCAGCCGGCACACUACAACUCGACAGCCUCGCAGCCUCGGACCAGCGCAAACCCAAAAUGAGCUACAUGGGCGUGGGCAAAGGCAUCGAUUCGCCCGUGUCAACAACAAACCCGCAGACCGACGACGAAGCCAUUUCCGAGUUUGCCAUGUCUCGCGGAGACACAGGCACGCAUACGCCGGUUCUGGCGCCCGCACCUAGUGGGCCCAAUAACAACAGCAACGGCGAUGCACAUUCCGCACGGCCUUCAGCCCCCGCAGCCAUGAAUCUCUCCGUCGUAUCCGCAGAACACAACCGCGCCAUGCUCGCGGCAGCGUUUGACUCGCCGCUCAAGGGCCUGCGCGUCGUCGUGAUCCACGUCAAGGAUACCUUUGCCGACGGGCCUUUGGUCGGCACCCAGAUCCUGAGCCAGCUAAAGGAAGGCGAGAGUGCGCUGCAGGAGCAGGGCAAAGGCCUGGGUUGCCAGUUCGAGGUGAGCAGGUCCGGUGAGAGUUAUUGGUUUUGA